AUGUCAAAACAGCUCGACUACAAAAUCAACAAUCACUCCAGUGUUAUUACUAAAAUGUCAGUAAAUGAGCAGGGAAGGCCAGCUCAUGUAAAAGAACUUUCUGGAAGGAUCAAGGACAUGAAGUUUAUGAACAGAGCCAAUCAAGCACGGAUACGAGAGAAUUUGGAGAAAGAACAACGUAUACAGGACCAGAAAUCCGCCUGGAUGUUGGAUACAAUCGAUAGUCUUGAUUUCAAAAGUAAGGUGCAGCACGAGCAAUUAUCAAGCUACAUGAUGUUUAUUGAUGCCCCAGUAAUGGCCAGAAAGUCGUUUAAUGCAUUCAACAAAAACUUGGAAAAACUUUCUUUAGAUAUUGAAAAGGAAUCAAGGCUGGACAAGGCUGAAGAGAAUGAACGAAGAGAAUUGAUAUCCGACAAAGAGAUGACAAACAGGUAUAGCAAUCUAAUUCAUCGUGAUAAAAAAGAUGAAUCUAGAACUACUGCUGUAAAACGGAGACGAGAUGAAAGGGGCGAUAUCGACGCAGACAAGGCUAUUUUGACAAAUGAAACGAAGAGCUCUUCUGAUGGUUUAAAUGCAACAGGUAAACUCGCUAAACAAAAGCCUGUAGAUUGGUCAAACGAGAGAGGCCGUAAAGCCACUCGAUUUGCUGCUGGCCAGUUUAUCAAACCGUUGGAGUAA